GAGCCGGCGGCGAUUUGCUUUUGUUUCCCCGCCGGGGAAACGACAGGUGGCUCGGCGCGUCGCUCUCACCUUUGCCACCAUGACGAGGGGAACUUGGCUAAGCGAUGUUUAAGGGACGCGAUGGGCCUGAGCGACGACAAGGAUCGCAUCGUGAUCAACGUGGGAGGGAUCCGGCACCAGACAUACCGCAGCACCCUUCGCACCCUACCCGGCACCCGACUGUCGUGGCUGGCCGAGCCUGACGCUCCUAACCACUUUGACUAUGACGCCAAGAUCGAGGAGUUCUUUUUCGACCGCCACCCGGGCGUCUUCGCGCACAUCCUUAACUAUUACAGGACAGGUAAGCUGCACUGCCCGGCCGAUGUGUGCGGGCCGCUCUACGAGGAGGAGUUGGCGUUCUGGGGAAUCGACGAGACGGACGUGGAGCCGUGCUGCUGGAUGACCUAUCGACAACACCGGGAGGCGGAGGAGGCCCUUGAUAGUUUCGGCGGCGGGGGGUUGUUGGACUUGGGCAACGACGAUGCAGAGCCCGAGCAGGAGCACGGGGAGGACGAUGUGGAUGAGAUGACGCGGAGGCUGGCGCACGGAGACUCUUCCGACGCCCGGAGCGGCACUUUGUGGAGCCGCUGGCAGAAGCGCGUUUGGGCUUUGUUUGAGGACCCCUACUCCUCCAAAUAUGCACGGUGGGUGGCUCUGGCCUCGCUGUUCUUUAUCCUGGUUUCCAUCACUACCUUCUGUCUGGAGACCCACGAAGCCUUCAAUCCCAUCAUCAACCGCACAGAGGUGGAGCUGGUGGAUAACGUCACGGUGGAGCACACCUACCAAGAACCUGAGACGGCGGCCUACCUCACCUACAUUGAAGGCGUUUGCGUAGUGUGGUUCACUUUUGAAUUCCUCAUGCGAAUAACUUUCUGUCCGAACAAAUUUGAUUUCAUCCGGAAUGCCCUGAACAUUAUCGACUUUGUGGCCAUCCUUCCUUUCUACCUGGAGGUAGGCCUUAGCGGGCUAUCUUCAAAGGCAGCUAAGGAUGUGCUGGGUUUCCUCCGAGUGGUCCGCUUUGUUAGGAUCCUGCGUAUCUUCAAGCUGACUCGCCACUUUGUGGGUCUGAGGGUGCUGGGCCACACGUUGAGGGCUAGCACCAACGAGUUCCUUCUCCUCAUCAUCUUCCUCGCCCUGGGUGUCCUCAUCUUUGCUACAAUGAUCUACUACGCCGAACGCAUCGGCGCCAACCCAAACGACCCUCGAGCCAGCGAGCACACGCAGUUCAAGAACAUCCCGAUCGGAUUCUGGUGGGCCGUGGUGACCAUGACGACCCUUGGCUACGGCGACAUGUACCCUCAGACCACCUCUGGUAUGCUGGUGGGAGCCUUGUGCGCCCUGGCAGGCGUACUAACCAUCGCCAUGCCCGUCCCUGUGAUUGUCAACAAUUUUGGAAUGUAUUACUCCCUGGCCAUGGCGAAACAGAAACUACCAAAGAAAAAAAACAGGCAUAUCCCACGGGCACCCCAACCUGGUUCUCCAAAUUUCUGUAAAUCAAGCAUCAGCUCACAACACCAGAGCCCCAUUGCCCAUGACGACGUUUUCGAGAUAAAGUUUCAAGAUUCCAAGCUGAACGGUGAGGCCGCCAACGCCGCUCUGGCCAAUGAGGACUGCCCUCACAUCGACCAGGCCAUAUCUCCCGAAGAAAUCUUCAGCCCCAGCGAAAGAGAGCGGCCCUGCUUCCUGGUCACCACGGCCGAGCGGCCCAACCACACGGGGGGCAGAGUGAGGAGGGGUUAUGAAAAGCCUUGGAGCCUUAACAGCAUGUCUGGCAUGAGCGGGGAUGCCUCUGGAGUGUCCUCAGUGUCCGCCCUGCCCUGCAGCCCACCCUGUCUAAUGCAGCACUCACAUUCUCCCAUCCCAUCCAUUAUGUAGCAUGGUUGAGUAGCAGAUACAAUGCCAUUGGAAGGCCAGUCCACACUUCUACGUAUCGUAUCGUUUACUGUCAGAUAACCCCGCCCCCACACACAUGUUUUUUUUUCUACUUUUUGACACUUUUUGUUCCUGCUUUUCCCUUUCCUGGAAAACUCAACUCUCUCUCUCUCUCGAGGGGGGUGUCAUCAUAUCCUAGACGCCACACGUGCAUGGGUCACCUCAGUUGCUGACAAAGUUCUACAAGUUCUUAAGCCCACCACUUUCGCCUAAGUUGACUUCAUUGCCUGUUGCUCUGUUGCUUUUGAUCUCACAUACUUUUCUGCCGACAAUUUUUCUUAUUUUUAAGUCUCAUCUGCUUUUGACAAUUCUGUGAAGGGAACUUUCAUAAGAUGUAAUAUUAUGCUGGACAUUAACGACACAUGGCUUUUUUAAAACAUAUCCAACAUUGCCAGGUGUUAAGGAAACUCCUCUUAAGUGCUUUCUUUGUAUGUUGCAAAAGUAGUAGGCGAUUCUGAACAAGCCAAUGUUGUCGCAAUGGCCACACACUAAAAAAACAAAACAAAAAAAAACAAGCACAGCAAGAUGAUGUCCGAUGCAGCUUGGAGAUGAUGAGAAUUCUAAUGACACUAGUAAUGAAUAAUGUCAACAAGAACUAAAAAAAAAAGUGUUUGGUCCUUUGCAUGAACUGCAUGAGAAAUUAUGUUCUACAAUAAGCUAACUGUAAUGCAGUAACUGUAAGAGAAAAAAACAUUUGUCUUUCAAAACCAUCGCAAAGCUUUGCCAUUUUUAUGCAUUUCCUGAGACAGCUUUAUACAAGAGACUCAGCCAUAGCAAGAUUUUUAUGUAGCUGCCAUUCUUUGCCUUUCCCCAAUAUAUCAGAUAUUUUCUUGGAUCCAUUCGACAACUGAAAUUAUUUGGUACAAAUCAUUUUUUUAAACGACUAUAUCUACCGAUAGGACUUUUUUUUUCAAAUCGUCUGUUGAAAUUGAGGCAAAGUAAAAAUAUAUAUAUUUUUGACCCAAUACAACUUUGUUGUAGCAUGAAUACACUUAUAAGCUGCAUACGAUUUCAUUUAACAACACACAGCUUAAGUCCAAGGAAAUAAUUUUUGGGUAUUAUGGUGAAAAUAUUUAGAAAAUAAUUGUUGGAAAAAAAAAGAAAAUAAUAAUCUGUUCGCAAAAUGAAGCACAUAAUUUAUUCAGCGGCCACUCAAAAACAUACGAGAUAUAUACUCUAUAAUCUAUAUUACGUUAGAAUAAACUAUAAGAAUAAUUAAAAAAAAAAAAUACUGUUCUAAUUAUGAUACACAUUUUUUCCAAGGCACUUUAACACAUCUUAUGGUACCAUAUGGUACCAAUCAGAAAUUUGACAAGAAUAUUUAAAUACAUGAGUACGUUCAUUCUGAAUGAGCAGAGUUUUACAUUUCAAGUCAUGUCUUUUGUGGUGAUCAAUGGACAUUAUAUAUUAAGAAAAAAAAAUCUUGUGAAGAUUUGUUGUGAAGAGAUGCAGAUCGAGAAAAAAAAAUACAAAACUAUGGGAUAUGGGUCUUCUUGGGGAAAGGUAAAUGCAUGUAUUUUCCAUUUAUGCAACAGAAAAGUAUUCAAAUAAAAAAAAUGUACAGAUAAGUC